GGAGCCACAUCUACGGUAUCUGUGAGCAGUGAGGUAACCCUGAACAAGCUGCACAUCUUGUCAGUGGGGACACAGCACCUUAUGUUCUCACUGUGGCUGGAUCCUGUCAAAGACUGCUUACAAGUGUGCAUUUCACGAGAAGUUGAUGGGGAGAGUGUGCUCCUAAGCCAAGGUGUUGUGGUCCGGGCAGGAAUAUGUGAUGGAGAUUGGCAUCACCUUGCCUUUUGUGUCCCUACAAUCAAUGUUCGCAGAGGCGGGUCUUUAAAGGUGACAAUAUUCCUGGACUCCUUGACAUGCCAUUCAGUGUCUCUGAUGGUACCUCCUGUUGGCUCCAUCAAGAAGAGUUCACCAUCAUACCUUUUACUUGGACACACAGACUAUUAUUCAGCUGAGGGUCCUCAGAUGUGCCAGUCAGUGGAUGAACUGGACCCCCUCAGCCUGCACAGGACACGAAGAGGGAGUCUGUGCUACAGUCAUUCCCAUAAACUCCUCAUGGCCAACACAUUCCUAUUUCGUGAGCCCAUUUUGAGCCGCGAAUUGUGUCUUUAUCUCAUCGCCCUCGGAAAGGACUGCACGAGUCUGCUCCCACUUACUUCCAAGGAUGAAAGGGUGUUGCUGAUGCCCUUCAUCACACCCAAGCUUCUGACAACAGGCAUGGACCUGUCUGUGAUAUAUGGACGUAUGGAGUCUGUGAUAAGACCAGCGCAGGAGUGUUUACUGCUCCUCCACUCUGCUCAGGAGCCUUCAGAGUUCUUGUGCUAUAAGCCACAUGUUCCUACACUGCAAGACUUCGGGACCCACUACCCAACAUGUUCCACACAAACGGCUGUCAUGUUUGGUGAUUUGAACCCUGUGAGAAAUCAAGGCCCGGAUUUAGCACUGCUGCAGAUGGGUGGGAUAGCCCAUCUUGUUUAUCUGUGUGCAAGGGGUCCUCAGAUGUGCCAGUCAGUGGAUGAACUGGACCCCCUCAGCCUGCACAGGACACGAAGAGGGAGUCUGUGCUACAGUCAUUCCCAUAAACUCCUCAUGGCCAACACAUUCCUAUUUCGUGAGCCCAUUUUGAGCCGCGAAUUGUGUCUUUAUCUCAUCGCCCUCGGAAAGGACUGCACGAGUCUGCUCCCACUUACUUCCAAGGAUGAAAGGGUGUUGCUGAUGCCCUUCAUCACACCCAAGCUUCUGACAACAGGCAUGGACCUGUCUGUGAUAUAUGGACGUAUGGAGUCUGUGAUAAGACCAGCGCAGGAGUGUUUACUGCUCCUCCACUCUGCUCAGGAGCCUUCAGAGUUCUUGUGCUAUAAGCCACAUGUUCCUACACUGCAAGACUUCGGGACCCACUACCCAACAUGUUCCACACAAACGGCUGUCAUGUUUGGUGAUUUGAACCCUGUGAGAAAUCAAGGCCCGGAUUUAGCACUGCUGCAGAUGGGUGGGAUAGCCCAUCUUGUCUAUCUGUGUGCAAGGAUGGUUGAAGUGAAAGGAGAAGAAAGAGAACAAGCUGAGGCUCUCACACUUCUCUUGCAAGCAGUUCACACUUCUCCUCACUUGGCUGCCCAGUACGCGGGGAUCCGAGGCAAUUCUCUCAUCUUCCGCAUUCUGAUGUCUCCCCUUGCAUCUCCAGGCGUGCAGGUCAUUAAGGCUCUGCUUGAUGGUUGUACUUAUCCGAGUGUCGUGCAGUACUUAGCGUGCCGUGAUGUGUACACCAUCGCCCCACAUGUACCAGCAAUGCUAGUUGACAGGGAGCUUAUGGAUUCCCUCAUUAGCAACUGGAAGACUUUCCUUGGGAAUUGUUCUGAGAAACAGACAACAAAGUACUGUGUGGAUGAGAAUGGGGACAGGAUAAGUGUACUAGGGAUAUUGCUGUCAGUGCUGAAGGUGCUGGUGGCAGAGAACCAACCAUAUCGAGACUUUAAUCUCUCUCAGUUGAGGGACAUUGAUGCUUUGGACAAGAUUCUCUUCAUGUGCAAGGAACUAGAACUAACAACGGGUUCUCUGGAUGGCCUGUGUUCAGCUGACUUGGUGGUGAGUGUUGUAACAGGCCUGGUAGGAGGACUGGGACCUGGGUCUUGGAGAAAUGCAGCCACAGGUCACGCACAUGGGUUUUCUGCCCAGGACUCGUAUUCCUCAGGCUUUUGCUCAGGUCCUUCGGGAGUUGGCAUGGCAGCUACGCCCACAGGGAUUACCUCAUUUGGGAUUGGGUCACCUGGAGUCCGUGUAAGAGAUGUGGCAGCUGUCUAUGGUUUCUUGCUGCUUUCACAUCCGGCCCACCUUACUUACGCAGCUACAGAGCAACAUACUGCAUACUAUUUGCCACAAGUUCCAUCUUCAACCAACAGUAGACAAGGAUCCCUUGUGGCUAUUGGGGUCGAUCUGGCAGCUGAGAUAAAUGACGUUCCCAGGCCAAGUCAAGAAAGCCAACGCCAAACUGGUGAUUGGAUUGUGAUUGGCACUAAAGAUUCAGUGCUGAAGCCGCAGUCAGUAAAAAGUCAAAAGAAGAGAGACCCUGAGUCCCCCAACAAGAGCACUUCUCCAAGCUCAGGAGAGGAAGAGAAUACAGACGUAGUGGACAGUGUGAGCAACAGUGAGACCGCCAGCGAUGCAACCAUGCCGGAGGUUGAGGAUCAAGUGGAUGGUGAGGUGAUCCGGGAGAUUGAAACCACUCUCUCGACAGUCAUUCCAGUGGGAGAAGUUGCGCUUGCCAAAGAGGAAGAAGAACAGGAUGUAGAUGAUGGGAGUUGCUUGACGAAGGCGAAAAGCAAGGACAUAGAAGUUGAAAUGGGUGAGGAGAAGAGUGAGAAGGAGGCAGAGACGUCAGAUGAGCAGAGCCAGUACAGCAGCCCAGAGGAGUCAUCUAGGAGCGAGGAAACAGAAACAGAUGAUAGGUAUUCUGGGCAAGACAAGUCGUUGGACUGA